AUGGCGGGAACAAACAGUUCUGAUGAUCCAUGGGCACUUCCAGAAGGUCACCUAAAGAAUCGUCGAAGUGUUAUUGAAAGGACAAAAGCCUUAUCAUUAAAUGAUAAAUCAAAAGCCUUAUCACUGGAUGACAAAUCAGCGGUGAGCAGCGGUGAUAGCGGCAGUGAACGGCAACCGUUUGGCGGAUUUUCAGCACCAAAAGUGUUUGGUGAAAGCACAUUUGGUGGUAAUUCGAACUUGCGAGACGAUCUACACGACGGGAACAACCGGCGUGGAAGAGUCAUUGAUGGCAAUUAUAACAACAGUAAUCGUGGGAUGCCGUUUAAUCCAGCUUCAAGGAAUUCAUUCGGAAGUUUAGCUCAACGAGGAGUCGGAAGUACGUUUGGUGGUGGAAUUCGAUCAACUAAACCAGCUGAUCCAUCCGGCAGUGACGGAAGUUUUAGAUUCCGAACAGAUGCUGCAAAAUUUGACACAAGCAGUGGUUUUUCUAGACGAAAUCUGCUUGCAGCAAAUUCGAAUCAGUCAAACAGUAUGGGUCAUUUCGCUCCACCAACUAGCGCUGUUGAUUUGUCAGAUUCUUCUCACUCGCCACAGUUCAGCAAUAAUAAUGAAAGAUGUAUAAACAGACGAAAUAGAUCGGAAGAUGAAGAAGGUUCAGGGUUAAAACAAAAAGAUUUGAAAGCUGAAAACAGCUCAUUCUCAAUGUUUCGACCGUUUCCAAAGAACGGAAGCUUCAGUGGUAAUACUGGAAAUGUUCGAAUGCAGCAAUCCAUUCAGGCUGAAAAAUCAUCAGCAGCGCAUACAUCAUGCUUGGAAGAACGCGAGAGAAAUUUUUGGAAACUGGCUGCUUAUCGCUCAUCUCCAUUUGUUCCUAUGAAAACAGCAACAAAUCCAUUGAGCAAUGCAACUCCAAAAUUUGGUGGUUUCAUGCUUCCAGGAAAUGGUCGGCCGCUAUAUGGACGAGGUCUUUGCAACGACAAACAAAUUGGAAGAAAUCCUAACAGUGUGCCACCUUUUUCUAAUUCACCAUCACAGCGCAAAGCAAUGAUGAAUGUUGACGAGGAAGCUUCCGAAUAUGGUAGUGAUGGAUCUUUUCCGAAAGAUGAAUAUGAAAAACCUAUGCCAAGCGAAGAAAUAUCGCUACUAAACAAAAUAUUACAUAAAAAGCUGGAGAAUCUACAAAAUGGUAGUUUAGAAAUUUCACAAGCUCGAAGUGAUCCGAAUUCACCAUUGUAUUCGGUUACUUCGUUCCAGAGUUUACGCUUGAAGGAUGAACUUUUAAAGGCUUUAGACAAAAUGAGUUUCUAUAUGCCAUCAAAAAUUCAGGAAGCCGCAUUGCCUUUAAUUCUAAUUGAACCACCAAUGAAUUUGAUAGCACAAGCACAAAGUGGUACUGGUAAAACAGCGACUUUCGUACUUACAAUGUUGUCACGUGUUGUUCCAUCAAAUAAAUGGCCUCAAUGUUUAUGCCUCGCACCUACUUAUGAGCUGGCUAUGCAGAUCGGCCAAGUCGUCAAGAAAAUGGGCGAGUUUUUGCCGGAUAUUGAAAUUCGCUACGCAGUUAAGGGUGAACGAAUGUCGCGUGGUGAAAAAAUCGAAGAACAGAUAAUAAUUGGGACACCAGGUAAAAUGUUGGAUUGGGUGACAAAACUGAAAGUGAUCGACCCAUCUAAAAUAAUUUGCUUAGUAUUAGAUGAGGCCGACGUUAUGAUCUCACAGCAAGGCCAUCAGGAUCAGAGUAUUCGACUACAUAAUGAAUUGGAGAGAUCAGGAGCGAAAUAUCAAAGUCUGCUGUUCAGUGCUACAUAUGAUGAAACUGUUCGAUCAUUUGCAGAUUCCAUUAUCAAGGAUGCCGUCAACAUCACUUUGCGCAGAGAUGAGCAAACACUGAAAAAUAUCAAACAAUAUUAUGUGAAAUGUGCUAAUAGAGAAGAGAAAUAUGAAGCUGUGAUGAAUUUAUACGGAGGUUUAACAAUUGCUUCAGCUAUUAUUUUUUGUUAUACGCGUAAAUCAGCUGAAUGGUUAGCUGUGAGGAUGGGACAGCGAGGUCAUGAUGUUACAGUACUGCACGGUGAAAUGACAAUAGAAGAUCGAGCCCGAACUAUUGAACAGUUCAAAGACAGUGUUUACAAAGUGCUUAUCACAACCAAUGUUUGUGCAAGAGGUAUUGAUGUUUCUCAGGUGUCAGUUGUUAUAAAUUAUGAUCCACCAGUGACUUAUGCUAAUGAUCCACAACCAGACUACGAAACUUAUAUCCAUCGAAUUGGCAGAACAGGAAGAUUUGGUAAAGCAGGAAUAGCGAUUAAUUUGGUUUCUGAUGAUUUCUCACUGAGUGUUAUUCAACGAAUUGGCGAUUACUUUGGCGUGGCGAUUGAACCGUUAGAUGCAAGCGAUAUGGAUCAGUUAGAAGCAAUUGAUAAGGAUAAAUUUUGA